UUAACCUCUACCUGCCCGAGAGGCUUCGUCUUCAGCCCACCUCGGCUGGCUAGUGCCCGGCUCCGCGAGAUCUCGAAUUGAAACCCGAGCUAUGCUGAGGGUUUUUGCGUUUGAUCUCUCUCUCCAACCCUAGGAAGGGUUGCUUUGUGUCAGGCCCACUUUACAGAUCCGUACGCUGAGGCUCAGAGAGCCUGAGCUCAACAUGUGCAUAAGGAGGCUUUUCCAGUCCUCCUGUCUCCCCUGGACAUGGAGAGCAGCUUUCAUGAAGUCCAUGCAGUGCAGGCAGCAGAGGACCCACCGAUGGACACAUUCUGGGGGUGGCACCUACAGAGCGGUGAUUUUUGACAUGGGUGGAGUUCUCAUUCCUUCUCCAGCCAGUGUGGCUGCAGAAUGGGAGGUACAGAAUCGUAUUCCUUCUGGAACUAUAUUAAAAGCUCUCAUCAAAGGUGGAGAAAAUGGACCCUGGAUGACAUUUAUGAGAGGAGAGAUAACAACAGAGGAUUUCUUAAAAGAAUUUGGGAGACUUUGCUUUGAAAUAUCAGAGACCUCCGUGCCCGUGGACUCGUUUUUCUCUCUGCUGACAAGUAAGCAAGUGGCGAAGCAGUUCCCAGUGAUGACUGAGGCCAUCUCUCAAAUUCGAUCGAAAGGCCUUCAGACCGCGGUCUUAAGCAAUAAUUUUCGUCUUCCCAAUGGGAAAAGUUUUUUGCCUGUGGACCAGAAACAGUUUGACGUGGUGGUGGAAUCCUGCCUGGAAGGUAUCUGUAAGCCAGACCCCAGGAUAUACCAGCUGUGCUUGGCACGGCUCGGCCUGCAGCCCUCCGAGUCCAUCUUUCUUGAUGAUCUGGGCCCAAAUCUAAAAGCAGCUGCCAGCCUUGGUAUUCACACCAUUAAGGUUGAUGACCCAGAGGCUGCAGUGAGGGAGUUGGAAGCUCUCCUGGGGUUUCCGUUGCGUGUGGGUAUUCCCAACACUCAUCCUGUGAGGAAGACCAUGGAAAUUCCAAAAGAUGCCUUGGAGAAGUACCUCAAGGGCUUGCUCGGGACCCAGACCACAGGCCCAAUGGAGCUCCUUCAGUUUGAUCACGGGCAGUCAAACCCGACUUACUACAUCAGGCUGCCCAGUCAUCAGCUGGUUCUGAGGAAGAAGCCACCAGGGACUCUCCUUCCAUCUGCCCAUGCGAUAGAGAGGGAGUUCAGGAUAAUGAAAGCCCUUGCAAAAGCUGGAGUGCCAGUCCCCAGAGUUCUUGACCUCUGUGAAGAUUCAAGUGUCAUCGGCACUCCCUUCUAUCUGAUGGAGUACUGCCCAGGCCUCAUCUACAAAGACCCCUCUCUACCAGGCUUGGAGCCCAGCCAGAGGCAAGCCAUAUACACUGCCAUGAACAGAGUCUUGUGCAAAAUUCACAGUGUGGACCUCCAGGCUGCAGGCCUUGACGACUAUGGGAAGCAAGGGGACUACCUUCCUCGCCAGGUGCAAACCUGGACUAAGCAGUACCGAGCUGCAGAAACCAGCACCAUCCCAUCGAUGGAGAGGCUCAUCCAAUGGCUGCCUGUCCAUCUUCCCAGCCAACAGAGGACCACAGUGGUGCAUGGGGACUUCAGGCUCGACAACUUGUUGUUUCAUCCAGACAAGCCAGAGGUGCUUGCUGUCCUUGACUGGGAGCUUUCUACCUUAGGCGACCCCCUUGCCGACGUGGCCUACAGCUGCCUCGCUCACUACUUGCCACCCAGUUUCCCCAUACUGAGAGGUGUCAGUGGCUGUGACUUGACUCAGCUGGGAAUCCCCACUGUAGAGGAGUACUUCAGGAUGUACUGUCAUCACAUGGGGACCCCUCCUGUGGACUGCUGGAACUUCUAUAUGGCCUUCUCUUUCUUCCGCGUGGCAGCAAUCCUGCAGGGUGUCUACAAGAGGUCACUCACAGGUCAAGCAAGCUCAGCAACUGCUGAACAAAGUGGAAAGCUGGCUGAAUUUGUAGCUAAUCUGGCAUGGGAUUUUGCAGUCAAAGAAGGGUUCCGGGUUUUCAAAGAGAUGCCAGCCUCCAAACCAUUAAGAAGGUCCUACCACAUGUGGGCUGGCUCACAGUCCCUGCUGAGCCCCAAGGGCAGAAGGAGUUACAGCUCUGUUCCAGGAGCUUCCCCAGCUCAUGCCUCAAAGACAGCUCUGGUCAUCUCUCCAGAGGGCCUCUCUUCACCGGUCAGAGAGCUGUAUGACCGGUUGCAGAGGUUUAUGGAGCAGCGUGUAUACCCCGUGGAGCCAGAACUGCAGAGACACCAGGCCUCAGCGGAUAGAUGGAGCCCUUCCCCGCUGAUAGAAGAUCUCAAGGAGAAAGCCAAGGCUGAAGGACUUUGGAACCUUUUCCUACCCUUGGAGACUGAUCCUGAGAAAAAAUAUGGAGCAGGACUGACCAACAUGGAGUAUGCACAUCUGUGUGAAGUCAUGGGCACGUCUCUCUACGCUCCGGAGAUAUUUAACUGCUCUGCUCCUGACACGGGGAAUAUGGAGCUCUUGGUGCGCUAUGGCACCGAGGAGCAGAAGGCCCGCUGGCUGAUUCCUCUGCUGGAGGGCAAGGCGCGCUCCUGCUUCGCCAUGACAGAGCCCCAGGUUGCCUCAUCAGAUGCCACCAACAUCGAGGCUUCCAUCAGAGAGGAGGACGGCUUCUAUGUCCUCAAUGGUCACAAGUGGUGGAUCUCAGGCAUCCUAGAUCCUCGCUGCCAACUGUGUGUGUUUAUGGGAAAAACAGACCCGCAGGCCCCGAGCCACCGGCAGCAGUCUGUGCUCUUGGUUCCCAUGGACACCCCAGGGAUCAAAGUCAUCCGGCCUCUGACAGUGUACGGGCUGGAGGAUGCUCCAGGUGGCCAUGGUGAAGUACGAUUUGAGCAUGUGCGUGUGCCCAGGGAGAACAUAGUUCUGGGCCCUGGCCGAGGCUUUGAGAUUGCCCAGGGCAGGCUGGGGCCUGGCCGGAUCCACCACUGCAUGAGACUGAUUGGGUUCUCAGAGAGGGCCCUGGCGCUCAUGAAGGCCCGCGUGAAGUCCCGUGUGGCCUUCGGGAAGCCCCUGGUGGAGCAGGGCACAGUCCUGGCAGACAUCGCCCAGUCACGUGUGGAGAUCGAGCAGGCCCGGCUGCUGGUGCUGAAAGCUGCCCACCUCAUGGAUGUGGCAGGAAAUAAGGCUGCAGCUUUAGAUAUUGCCAUGAUUAAGAUGGUUGCCCCGUCCAUGGCCUACCGAGUGAUCGAUCGUGCUAUUCAGGCCUUCGGAGCAGCAGGCCUGAGCAACGACUAUCCCCUGGCUCAGUUCUUUGCGUGGGCCCGAGCGCUGCGACUUGCUGACGGCCCUGACGAGGUGCACCGGGCAACAGUGGCCAAGAUGGAGCUGAAGCAGCGCACUUAGGCUGCAGGACGCGGGAGCCCAUUGUGUCCUGCUGGCAUCUGACUUUCCUCCCUGGGGUGAACACAGACACUCACUAAAAUGUUAUUUUGGGGGCUGGGGUUGUGGCUCAGUAGCAGAGCGCUUGCCUAACACAUGUGAGACACUGGGUUCAAUCCUCAACAUCACAUACAAAUAAAUAAAAGGUAUUGUGUCCACCUACAACUAAAAAAAUAUUUUAAAAGAAUAUUAUUUUGGAAAAGGGCUUUGGGAAACAAAAGAAUGAGAAGAGAUUUCUCACAGACUUUGUGAACUUUGUAUGUCAUAGGAACGGGAUUGAGAAUCAAGUUGCCCCCCUCAGACUCUGUGCCUCAAUACAUCAGCUGCUUCCAUCGCACCCUGCCCUGUGCCCUGGAUCAUGCAUGUCGCUUGCUGACUGUCACCCCAUAAGUCCCCAGUUGCUGCUGCCUCAGAUCACUGCUCACUUCCACACUCUGUGCUCAUAUGAACUGCACCACAGGAACUGUAGCACUCCAGUGUGUGAGGCCCCUGCAACUCCCUUUCCUCCAGCUGCACUAGUUCCACAGAGCAUCUGGGGAAGGGGAGGUGGCAGAGAAUGUGCUGUUGCAAUUCGGAGAGCCGGAUUUCCUCCCUGAGGAGGUGCAAACACAUGUCUGAUGCUUCUGAGAAGUAGGUGCCUUGAGAGCCAGGUGGCAGUAAGCUAUCGACUUUGAGGUCCUGCUCUGCUGAUCUUAGGGGCUUGUGCAGUGGGCAAAGCCCCUCCGAGGACAGACAAGGUGGGCAGGGCCAUCCCUUCCAAUUGUGCAUUGCAGACCUGACCUUGGGUGCUGCUUUCCCCAAAGUGCCUGUAAACAGAGCCCACUUGGUGCUUUGAACAUAAUGGCUUAUUUUAACACUGACAUUUUUUUUUCUUUCUCUUCUCUCUCUCUCUCCCUCCUUAGCCUUGGGAGCAGCAAGAUUACCCUUCUUAUCAUCCACAGGAAUGAAGUAAUUUUGACUUUAGGGAUGGUGCCAGAAGACCUAAGAAAUGGCUGUCUUUCAAGGCUACAAAUGAAUUAUAACACCUGAUAGGGCAUGCCUAGAAUGUAGCCUUUGAUUCACCUCUUUAAAAGCCCUCUGUUCCCCCCAAUGGGAAUCACAGCCUCUGAGACAGGAGUCCCCUGUGUUUCUCUGUUGCUAGCAAAGCAAUAAAACUUUAUUUUCCUUUUUCUCAAAA